ACUCACACUAUCAGGCAUUUGGGGAAAAAACAAAAAGAUCACGGACGUGAUGGUUGAUUCAGUCCGAGGAGUCAUCUUCAACAGCACAGACGAUCUUUGUCAUUACUCCCCACCGUGACCGUCGUCACUUAGCAACCAGCUACAACAAACCAGAGAGCACGGUGCUUAAUGCAAACGUUAGCCAGCGAGCUAGCCAGCUAGGGUACCAUAUCUAUGUGUGUACAGACCAACCAGGUUGAAGAGUUUAUGUUUUAGGAGGAAAAUGGUGAAACAGACAAUACAGAUAUUUGCUCGCAUUAAACCCACUAAGAAAACUACUGCGGUGUACUCUGUGGACAAUGAGGAGCAGACAGGUGCCUGUCUGGAGUUUGUGGUGCCCAGGGACCUAGCUGAUGGCUUUAUUAACAACAAGAGGGAGUGCUACAAGUUCAGGUUCCAAAACGUGUUUGAUCAAGCAGCCAAACAAGAGGACAUAUUUGAAACUGUUGCUAAACCAGUUGCAGACAGUGUAUUGGCGGGCUAUAAUGGCACCAUUUUUGCCUAUGGUCAGACGGGCAGUGGGAAGACCUUCACCAUCACAGGUGGGGCCGAGCGUUACAGUGAUCGUGGAAUUGUUCCUCGCACACUGUCUUAUCUGUACGAAUGCUUCGGCAAGGACAGCAGUAUAGUGUAUACUACCCACAUCUCCUACCUGGAGGUCUACAACGAGGUGGGAUAUGACCUUCUAGAUCCCCGACAAGAAGCAUCUCGACUGGAGGACCUACCAAAAGUAAUGAUCAUGGAGGAUCCAGACCAGAACAUCCAUCUCAGGAACCUGUCACUGCAGCAGUCAGCAAAUGAAGAGGAAGCUCUGAAUCUACUUUUCCUGGGUGACACCAAUCGUAUGAUUGCAGAAACUCCCAUGAACCAGGCAUCCACACGUUCCCACUGUAUUUUUACUGUGCACUUGUGCAGGCGUGAGCCGGGCUCGGCCACCCUGAGGCGCUCCAAACUCCACCUGGUGGACCUGGCUGGAUCGGAUAGAGUUAGCAAGACUGGCCUGAAUGGGCAGCUGCUCACUGAGGCCAAAUACAUCAACCUCUCCCUCCACUACUUGGAGCAGGUGAUCAUAGCUUUGUCAGAGAGGAAUCGCACCCAUAUUCCCUACAGGAACUCCAUGUUGACCUCUGUUCUGAGGGACAGCCUUGGAGGCAACUGCAUGACCACCAUGAUCGCCACUAUGGCAGUUGACAAGAGGAACCUUGAUGAGUCCAUCUCUACGUGUCGCUUUGCUCAGCGUGUAGCAGUCAUCAAGAAUGAGGCGAUAUUGAAUGAAGAACUGGAUCCUGCCCUGCUAAUAGCACGAUUGAAGAGGGAGAUCCAAUCUCUGAAAGAAGAGCUGGCCAUGGUGACAGGACAGCAGAGAGAUGACAAGCUAACUGUGGAGGAGAUCCAGAAGUUGGGAGAGUUAGUCAAGGCCUUUCUGGAUGACCCUGAUCCAGAGGUGACACUGUCAUUGGGACCAGACAUGAGAAAAAUCCAGCACUGUUUCUCCCUGCUGAAGAUAAUGAUCCUGGACAAGCAGGGUAGAGGAAACAGGUGCAGUGAUGGACAGGCGUCACCAGCAGUAAUAGUGAAGGAAGGAGAAAUUCAAGAUAAUCACCGCAGUGCAGCAGAAGUGACCAAAUUAAAGGAGAUGCUGACGCAACGUGAUAACGAGAUCAGUAUCCUGGUUAAGAUGUUGAAGAAGGAGAAAAAAAGGGCCCAGGAUGCUGCUGCACAGCUCACUAACAUCACCAAUGGAAAGGGCCUGGCCUCCCAGAGUGCCCCGAGUUUGAGGGAGGGAAGCAAGGACACCAUCUCUGCUGACCAUGGAGGACAAGCUAUACAAUACAUGAAAAAAGGUCCACAGCUUUCUAUGGGAAAGCAAGAGGCCUUUGAGACCUUCAUCAGGGACCAUGAGGACCAUCUGACCAUAGAAGAAAACAAGAGCCUCCUAAAACAGAGGUCAGCUGAGGCCAGAAGACUUGGGGAGCAACUGCAUGAAGCCAGAAACAAAAUCAAUGAGUUGAAGAAGCAGUUAGAGAGGCGACGGAGACAAAGGGCAGCUCAUGGUGUAAUUGGAAAUCACACAGAGGUCGAGGAGGAGGUGGACCCAGUGGAAGAAAACCUGCGUGAACACAUUGAGCAAGAAAAAAAGCUUUACAAGAGCACCGUUGGCCGUCUGAAAGCGCUGAGGACAGAGAUUGAGCACCUGCAGCUGUUGCUGGAGAGGGCAAAGGUCAAACUCCAGAAGGACUUCCAUAAGUGGUGGAGCCAGGAGGCUUCCAGUGUGCAGGAGUCUGAGUCAGAGGCCACAGCCAGAUGUCAAACAGGGUCACUACGUGGAACCUUGCAGCCGUCAUUACCUGGUACUCCAGACUUUGGUGCACCUAGUCUGAGCAGUACUGUGAGAAACUACCCAGCAGGCCUAGACCCAGACUGUUCCACUUCCUCUGCUCAAGACCUCAGAAGCUUCAUCCCCAAAAGCCCUUUAACAGCUGUACCGGCCUGGCAUGAUAAGCCCACAGACGGGAGGGUGACUGACAUCACUCCCUCAUCAGAGUGGAGGAAACUUUCCACCACCACGCUCUCAUCCUCUUCUCUUCCGCUGACUGGAGACCAGCAGACUGACGCAGACAUCAUGGCCUUUGUCAGGGCCAGGCAAAACCUCCUCAACAGGACAGGCCCACCUCAGCAAUAAGAUGAAGUCCUGUGGAAGCAUGCGAAACCUGAAGUUAUCAUCGUCUGACUGCUUGAGCAACCUCCACAUCUGUCAGGUGAUAAAAUCAUCCUGAAAACAUGCAUUAGAAAUCUCUGAGUUCUGACGGACAAUGGAGAUGUGAGAAGAAAUGCAGGGUCUCGCAACUGAAACCCUCUGCCAAACAUAUGGCACACAUCCUGUAUGAUUCUCACAUGCAUACACACACUUGUUGACCUCCUGGAGAUGCAGCAGCUCAGUAUAAAUCACAGGCCGUGCCGGCCAUUUGAUCUGAACAAAUGUUGUCUCAAGAUAUCAGAGGAAGGAGGGGACAAUAGGAAACCAGCUGGCUCCAGUAUGUGUUUAAAGAUGUAAUGAAUCAUGACUUUUUAAAUGGUUACAGGAAGUUUCAACCUUCAUAAUGACAAAUGCAUUUAAUAUUUCUGUCUGCUUUCACUUGAUUCUAAGUUUAACACAUGUAGUGUUAAAUAUUGUAAAUAGAAGUAUGUAAUAUAUGUACAGUAAUGACCUGUUUAUUUCUCAGAUUCUGUUAAAAAAGUAGUAUUGCUCUUUAAAUCUGCACAGAACAUUGAAUCAAAAAUAAAGCUGCAAAUGAAAGAUGCCA